UUCACAGUUAAGCCGGAUAGAAUAAUUGAAUUGUGGACUUUUUUCACGCAACUGUUGGGAAAUUUUUAGUAUUGUAAAACAUUAAUUCAAAUAUCAAGCUUACUGUUUUGAGAUCAUAAGAAUUACGUUAAAUUUUAUCUUAAAGGAUACAAAAAUGUACGUUUUAGUACUUCUACUUUUACUACAGUGAAAAGAUUCCUACAUGAAACAUUUGUGUUUACUGUCUACAUUUUAAAAUUUUGCGGUUGCAACUGGCUUUUCUUGCUAAAUAUCAGCUAUUAUUGUUUCUAUGUUAUUAAUUACGUACAGACAGUGAAGUUUAAUUCAUUGCAUCUAAAAUUACAUUAUCUUGUCUGUGCCUUUUAAAAAGAAAUAUCCAUUGCUUUGAUCUCUUUGAAAAUGAGCCAUUAUAGACCUGGAGAUUUGAUUUUUGGAAAGGUUCGUGGUUACCCUCCCUGGCCAGCUCGCAUCGAAACACCAAAGCCUGGACAAAAAGUUCCCGGAAAUAAGUAUCCAGUAUUUUUUUUUGGCACGUAUGAAACUGCUAUUGUUCAAUCCAAAGAUAUAUACCCCUAUGAAAAAUUUAAAGAAAAGUAUGGAAAACCACAAAGACGCCGAUUUUUUAAUGAAGGUCUUUAUGAAAUAGAAAACAAUCCCAAAGUUGAGGGACCUAACACUGAAAAUAACAAAAAGGAGGAUGAACGUGAACCAGAGGAUGAGGAAGAAGAAGAAAUUGAAGUUGAUGAUAAUGAAAUAAAGAAGGAAGUUGUCAAGAAAAAAGAAGAUAAAAAAACCAAACCUAAACCUGCUCAGAAACGUAAGAAAAUGCCUAAAGUUUCGGAACCUGAAAGGAGCCGAAGUGGAAGAAUGAUUAAACGGAAACGCUUUAGCUCAGAAAGUGAAGGUUCUGAAGAAAAUGGGGGCAGCUCGGGCGAAGAGAAAGAAAAAACUGAAAAAAAGGAAGACCAAAAGAGUGAGAAGUCAUCAGAAGAAGAGUCAUCAGCUGAAAGUGAUAAGAAGGAAAAAAAGGAAUCAGAAUCUGAAAAAAGUCGUGCUGAGAGUUCUGAAUCAGAAGAUGAACCACUGGUGACUAAAGCUGUUGAAAAACCUGAAAAAAAGAAACUAGAAAAUUCAGAAGAUGUUGAAAAACCUGAAAAGAAGAAGCCAGAAAAUUGGGAAGAAAUUGCUCGUGAAAAAAGAAGGAAUUAUAGACCAAAAAUUCUGGAGAGUUCAGUUGAUAAAAAGUCCUCAAAAUUAAAAUCAAAAAAGUCUGAAUCAUCAGAUGACGAAAAAGCUGUUGAACUCAACAGUGUUUCUGUGUCAUGUGAGAAACUGUCUGAUGAGAAGUAUAAUGAAGCAAUGGGAAAGAAGAAAGACAAAAAAGAUAAUGAAGAAAAGAGCUUAAAAGCUAAAAAUGAAGAUAAGCACAAAACAAAGUCUGAAGAGAAAGUUUCAAAAAUUAAAGCUGUAGAAAAAAAAGUCACAAAAAGUAAAAGUUCAGAAGAUCAAGAUAGUGUGCCUUUAAAAAAUGAAGUUGAUGAAAAGAAACAUAAAGAAGAAAAAUUGCCUAAAUCGAAAGCCAAGAAAGAUGAGACAUUGAAUGAGAAAGAAAUCAAAGAAAAAAAGCAAAAUAGUGCAGAGUUGCCUGCUAAGAAGCCGAAAUUAGAUACUCCAAACGAAAGUGAAAAGAGACCAAAAGAAAAGGCGGUUUCACAUCAGAAAUUAAAAGAAAAAUUGGAGAAAAAGCAAGAAGAAAAAGAACAAAAGAAAGAACUUAAACGACAACUGAAGAAAAAAGAAAAAGUUAAAAAAUUAGAAGUUGAAACGGAUGUUGGGAAAAGAUUAGCAGAAAUUGAUAAAAAAAUUAAAUCCAGCUUAAACUCGGCAAAUAUGGAUAUUUCGGCAUGCUUAGAUGCUAUGAAUGAAUUGGAUGCCAUGACUCUUACUAUGGGAAUUUUAAAGAAAGAGCCUCACGUAUUUUUCACAUUAAAAAAAUGUCGAAGGUUUAAGAAGAGUGAACCAGUUAAAAAAAAAGCUGAAUACUUAUACAACAAGUACAAAGUUCUAUUUUUUGGAUCAGAUAAAGAUAGUGCAGCUGUCUCUGAAAAAGAGAAUAAAAAGACUGAAUCUGUGGUCACUGAGACAAAGCAUGAAAGUGAAUUAGACAGUUCAACUUGUGAUCAAGAAGAGUGAUUUGCAUGGAAAACACUGCAUGAGAUUUCUGAUUCGUCAUUGGACUGCCAAUACUACUGCACUUCAGGUUGCAUCUUGAAAAGAAGUUAUGAAACACAUAUUGGAUCAGACUUUUUUCCAUUUGCUGCAAUCUACAUCUUCCAAUUCUGUCAUCAUCAACCUUCCUCUCUGGUUAUUUGUUUUCCAUCUACGUUGCAAGUAUGUUAUCAUAAACUCUAACCAGUGUACAGCAGAUCUUGACUACUCUUAUUUGCUUAAAAUUUUGCGCUAAGGACCAUUUCUGCUCUGAGAAUGUAGAAAAUGGACACAUGUUUUAAUAUUACUGUUGUGGCUUGUAUAAUGUUUUUAGUUUUCAUUUCCAUUAUAUUCCAACAAUCAUCAAUAAAAUAUUUGUGGUUGUGAAAAUUUUCAAGUAUUCUUAUGCAUGUGCCCAAUUUUCUGUGCUCAAAUUACUCAAAAUGAUGUCUAAAUGCCAUCUUCUGCAGUUUGAAUUUUGAGAUGCAUAAAAAAUGUUAGACAAAUUAUAAAUAUUUGCUGAAUGAAUCUAUUUUUCUUAAAAAAGAUUUUCCUAAUUAGAUUUUAUUCAUUUGUUAUAAAAUGUUUCUGAUUAAGUUAUCAUGAAAUUUUAAAAGUUAAAGUAGUUCAUUAACUUACCUAUUUUUCCCUGCUAGUGAUCGCAAAAAGUAUGACUAACUGUUUGAAUUGGGUUUUAGACUUCAAAAACCAGUUUUUGACAUGACAUGUCGAAAACUCAAAAACCUGUCGAAAACUCAAAUGCAACCUUUAUUGACAUUUUUUAUAAACAUAUGAGAUUCCUCAUCUUGAAACAUGAUUUCAUCAUAAUUUAUUUUUCCUAUCAUUUAAAUAAAAAAAAAAUUAAAUUAAAAAAUUUCAUUAAAAUAAAAUUAUUUCCUUAAAAUUUGUAUUCUGCAAAAAUAGUUAAACAUUAAAACUUAAAUCCAGUUUUUAAAGUGGUUCCGUUUAAACUUUUUACUAACUAACAAAUAGUUACAAGUAAUUUUAUCUAUAUAAAAUCUUUCUAUGUAAUUACUUAUGUAAUAUCCUUUUUCUUAGGAGUAAAAGCAAAACUAAAUCAAUUAGCAGGCAGUGAUUAAUUAUAAGUCAGCCAAAUAUUUUUAUUGAUUUUUUUUUCUUUUGUAAAUCUGGAAGUAAAAAAAAUAUCUCUUUUGUUGAAGAAAAUGAAUGUCUUCCUUCAAAAGGUGUGGGUCUUAAGAGAGUUUGCCUCCAGCAAAAUUAUAUAGGCUAGUGUUCGCCCAGUAUAUUCAUAAAUUAAUAUUUGAGAAAACUUGUAUGAAUUUAACUAUUUCCAACAUUUUUAUUUCUACUCUUACUCAUGUUUACUGCAUAUCUGAAAACAUACAAUUUUUAUACAGACGCAUAAUACCACAGUAAUAAUUUAUUCUAAUUUUGCUUUUUAUCUGUUAAUCUCAAAAUAAAUGGAUGAAAGGGGAUAUUUUGGUAAUGGGAUCGUUUCUGAAAUUUUCAAAGCAUUUUUUACUGAAGAAGGAUGCUUAAAAACAAAAAUUUUACCCAUUUUUAAAACAUUUUGGAAAAAUUUAAUAUUUUUUAACAACUAUUUUAAUUGGUGCGCAGAUUGAAAUUAAUUUUUUUGGCAUCAAAAGUGAUAAAAUGCCACUCAUUGAUACCAUUAGCGCGUAGCGCAAAUUAUCAUAAACCGAAAACCCGGUUGAGAGCAAACCGUAAAUAUUUAGCGCGGCAAUGGAGUCGCACGCCAAAGUACAUCACUAAUAACGUCAUAAAGACCAUGCCUUAUUUCCAAAAUCAGACAUUCAAAAAUUUUUUUAAAAAACAACUGUUGAGAAAAUAAAAGUUUUUUCUGGCUCAACAUUUUUUUUUGCUUAUUCUAUCUAUUUCAGUGCUUAAAAGUAGUAGAUUGAAGGAAACAACCCCAUUGAGAAUUUGGUGUUGUCGACAAACUGCUGGCUUGAAUAAUUUUAUUUUGGAUAUCAUGUUGCUUAGUGCUAACCCUAUGCAAAUAAAUAUUUCCCUAUGCUUUGUUUACGUAUGCAAAGGAAAAACAUUUUUCGGGCUGGCAUUGGAAACAAAAAAAUUGACGCCAAUAGGUAAAAAUCAACAAUUAUUUAAUUUUUGAAAUCUUCCCAUAUGAAAUGAAGCAUCAAAACUCAAUUUAUAUGUAAAACUUCUGUGUGAACAAUGUUACUUAUAAAACGUCUAUACUAUUAUUGCGUAAGUUGCUUCUUCGUCCUUAGAAAUAUAAAUUUCCAGGUAUCAAAUGAACGAACUCGACUCUUGUCAACAUAUAAUUGUCCAUUCAAAAGCACUGGGCGUCGUAAUAAUAGUAAAAUUUUUAAAAAAGGUCGUCUUUGUGAUUUGUUUAUGGUUAAGGGCGGUGCAUAACUGAUGUCACAAUUUUCAACAUUUUUGACCCUCUCCCCCUUUGUCACAAUGUUUUUGCACUUCACUAUACCCCCUCUUCCUUUUGUCACAUUUCAUGCUGUUUUUCAUAAACAUUCCUAUUAAAAAAAGACUUGUCACGUUCUCCCCAUUGUAUGCCCCUCUUGUCAUGUCCUUCCUCUCCCUUGUCACAAACUGUUACUAUUUCGUGAACCCCACCUUAAAGAGGGACAUUAUUCGUGGACAGCCCCUAUUUUGUGGCAACCGUAUGCAAAAAUAUACAUUUCCCUACUCUUUGUUUUCGUAUGCAAAGUAGAAACAUUUCUCGAGCUGCAAUUGGUGCCAAAAAUUUGACAUCAAUAGAUGAAAAGCGCCCGCCAAUUUAACAAUUAUCGAAAUCUUCCCGUAUGAAAUGAUCCAGCAAAACUCAGAUUAUACGUAAAACUUCUGCAUGAAAAAUGCCUCUUUUAAUAAGAUCAAUAUUAUUGAGUAAGUUGCCUUGACCUCUGCCGUUAGAAUUAUUAAAUUCCGAACAGUCAAAUGAAGGAAUCCUACUUAUUACAUUAAAAAUUGUCCUUUCAAAAACACUGAAUGUCACAAUAAUAGUGUAAUUUUUUUAAAAAUCAUGUUUGUGAUUUGUUUACGGUUUGGGGGAAAACUGACAAAUGCACUUUUCAAAAUUUUUGAUCUCUCUCCCAUGGGCGGAUUUAUGGGGGGGCGAGGGGGGUCAAUGCCCCCCCAGCCUUGGGAGAACUUUAUACAUGGUAACAACACACCUUCAAUAAUGUGAAAAGAAAAAAAAUCAUGAUUUUUUUUUCUUUUUUUGAAAAGUUCAGAAGUGAAAAUGAAGAGAAUAGCAACUGUCCUUUUCUGAUGGGGGAGGGGGGGGGGGCACCUAACACUGUAUUACAAAGAGUGAAGCUGUUACCGGGUUGUUGAAAUGUGUUGAAAAGGACUACUUUCAAUUGAAAACCAUUAGAGCAAAUAUAUGAGAGAAAAUAUAAGUAAUCAGCCGCUAUACUUAAAAUAAUCAACGACUAUUUCAACAAAUUGGAAACUAAAACAAAGAUUUCAAAAAAAAAAAAAAAAAAAACUGGAUUUACCUAUAAACUAAACAAGCUAUAGUUGAGGGCACCCGCUUUGUUGAAGGCCCCCAACUCCGGAAAAUUUCAUGAUUUCUUCUUCAAAAAAAGUACUUGAAAAAAUAAAUUCCAUUUAAGGUGCUUGUAAACCUUGAAAAUUUGGAAAAGUGUGGAUACAAACCAUAAAUUAAAAACUUUAUUACAAAUGAUGGGGGGGGGGGGGGGAAGAGAAAUGCCGAAAUGUGUCAAGUUUAGCUCCUUGCCACAUCCUGCAUCAAAAAUAUAAAAAUCAUGGUUCUCACGUUUCUGUAGCAUUUUACUUGAGAUAAAUUUUUGUGACUCACAUGUUUUCAUAUAUUGCUGUUUAUUUAAUCUCGAAUGCAGUAAUUUUGGAAAUUAUUUUGUAUAACUUGCGUUUAUCUUACUUCUUCUGCAUAUUGUUAAUCUGUUCAGCCCAGAAGGAAAAAAAACACUACCUCUAUUUUUUUUUUCACUACAUGUAAUUGAAAAUAAAAAGUUGUUGUAAUGAGAAAUCAAUAGUUUUUUUCCUUUUAAACUUAAAAUGUUGAUGUUGUUCCUGAUGGCCCUUGGAGCACCCAAGGCAAUGAAUAACAGAGGCAUUAAUCCACUUUUGAGGCUAAUAUGAGCGGCUUCCGUUUGACUGAGCCCCAUUUUAGGUGGAGGUCCGACUUUUACUCAGACACAUUUGACAGAUAGCACAAUUCAGAUUUAUUACAAUACAAAGAAAUCAGAA